AUGUAUCUGUCAGACGAAGUUAUUUAUGUUUGUUUAUUACUUAUAUCAAUACCAAUUGGAUUUAUUUUCAAAAAUUCUCGUCAUAUUAAUUUAAAAGCAUACUCUUCAACAUUGAUUGGCUUUAUUUUUGCUUUAAUAGUUUGUCGUUGGGAUGUUUUACAUUCGUUAAUAACAACGUCUGUAACAUGUCUUAUUUUAGCCGGUGUUACCGCACGAUAUGUUCAUAUAGCAACAUUUAUAUGGUGUUUUUCAUAUUUAUUAUUUUUUCGUACAACGAAUCUUUUUUCAAUUCAAUUACCUGUUGCACAUAGUAAUGCUAUUCAGUUAAUGUUAACACUCAAACUUGUUAGUGUUGCUUUUGAAUGGCAUGAUUCAUAUUUACGUUUGAAAACUAUUCGUACGCAAACAAAUGCAGAUGAAAGUGAAAAAUUACAUUUACAAGAUAUGUAUUUAUCUGUUAAACCAUCAACUUUACGAAUAUUUCAAUAUGCUUAUUGUUAUAUUGGUCUUCUGACUGGUCCAUAUUAUCGUUAUAGAACAUAUCAUGAUUGGCUUGAAAUGAAACAUGGAGUACAUAUACAUGGUUUAACAUUUAUGAGAAAACGUGUUAUAUUUGGUUCAAUCUAUAUAUUAACUUAUUUACUUUUAUCGACAAUGGUUUCAUUCAAUGUAAUAAUUUUUACUGAGUAUUCCAGAAAUAAUCUAUUAAAAAAUAAUGAACAGAAUAUUUCUUGA